GUGAUAGCUCUUAUUUAUUUGGGACGCCUAAAAAACAACUUACCUGAAAGAUCUAGAGGAGAAUUUGAUACACCUUACAAACUAUUCAUUGCAGCCGUUAUUUUGGCGUCAAAAUUCAUUGAAGACUCCAACAGGAUAUCGCAAGCAGUUUACAAGUUUAUUGCGCCGCUUUAUGAUUUCAAGAUAGUGAAUGAAAUGGAACGAAGCUUUCUAGGCGUCGUAAAAUAUAAUUUGUUUAUCAACCUUGAUGAAGUUGAUAAUUUUAUGAUGGACCAUAAAAAUAUCUUAGAUCUU